UUCCUGGAAACACCCCCAGAACCUCCAGUCUCUGACACCAUGUGCAACUCCUCUUGUGGCUCCUGCUGCUCUGGCCAGGGCUGUGACUGCUGCCAGCCCAGGUGCUGCCAGACCACCUGCUGCAGGACCACCUGCUGCCGCCCCAGCUGCUGCAGCUCCUGCUGUGGUGGGGGCAGCAGUGGCUGUGGCUCCUGCUGCUGCCGCCCCAUCUGCUGCAGGACCACCUGCUGCCGCCCCAGCUGCUAUGGGUCCUGCUGUGGUGGGUGCAGUGGCUGUGGCUCCAGCUGCUGCCACCCCACCUGCCUCCAGACCACCUGCUGCAGGACAACCUGCUGCAGCCCCAGCUGCUGUGGCUCAAGUUGCUGUAGCCCCUGCUGUGGUGGCUCCAGCUGCUGUGGUUCCAGUGGCUGUGGCUCUUGCUGCUGUCGUCCCACUUGCUGCUGUCGUCCCACUUGCUGUUGUCGUCCCACUUGCUGCCAGACCACCUGCUGCCGCCCCAGCUGCUGUGUGUCCACCUGCUGCCGUAAUCAGUGCUGCCAGACCACCUGCUGCAGGACCACCUGCUGCCGCCCCAGCUGCUGCAGGCCCUGCUGUGUGUCCAGCUGCUGCCGCCCCUCUUGCUCUGGUGGGUCCAGCUGCUGUGGCUCCAGCUGCUGCCGCCCCUGCUGCUGCAUCUCCAGCUGCUGCCGCCCCUCCUGUGACUCCUGCUGCUGCCAGACCUGCUGCCGCCUGCGUCCAGUCUGUGGCAAUGUCUCCUGCCACACCACUUGCUAUCGGCCCACCUGUGUCAUCUCCACCUGCCCCCGCCCCAUGUGCUGUGCCAUCCCUGACUGCUGAUCUCUUUCUGGAAAGCCUAUCACAUGGUGGAUGCCUUCAUUAGACACAUAAAAUACAUGGCCAGCCACUUACGGGGAAAAUAAGACUCUUGCCUGUCAACACUUCCUCAGACAGGGCAUUCAGAGUUGCAUUCAGAUCCUUCAAGAAAUAACAGAUGUAAACACCUUUUGUAAAAGACUUUAACCCAAGCCCCAAUUGCAUCUAUUUUUAGACAAGCAAUGCCUUCCACUUAAGUGUACACUAAUUGUGAUGAUCUCACAUAGUGUUGUUUCUGUGUAUUCUCAAUAAACAGCCACUUCCUAAUAUUGAAAUCUCCUGGUUUGUUGUGGUGAGCCGCUUCUGCCUUUUCUGCAGAUUAUGGUCGCCAUUACAAGAUGACGCUGGCUCCGCUGUGGUCUGUGACAAACAACUCCUUAUCUGGGAGAGUUGGCACAUGAUUUUUCACCACCCUGUACACCACCCUGUGAGAAAGCUCCACGCGGCAGCUUUGCAUUGGGGCUUGGGAUGCUUUAUUAAGGCUGGGAGGGGCAUCCGAGAGAGAGAAGAAGAAAUAUCAAGGGCCUGAAUAAACUGUUGAAAGAAGAUUCCGGAGUUGCGUCUUCCUUGCGGGCAAGGG